AUGGACACCCAAGAAAUAUUUCAUGUCUUUAUGGAUUUGCCAUACGACCUAAGAUAUUAUAUCUAUUCUCUUGCCACACCCCGCCGGGUCGUUCACGUCGCAGAAGGGCCAAUGAACGUCUCAGAGAAAGGGACUUGGCGAAAAGAAGGUUACGACUCGUAUUUCGAAUAUGCCUUCGACAAGUUCUACAAUCAGAUGCUGGACGGCUCGCCAAACUUCAAUUCCAGAUUGCACCCUGAUUUGGCAAAUUUCGCACACAAUUGGCGACAUCGUAUCCCAUGGGCGUCCCGUCGGUACGAACAAACGAGCUUGGAAGCUUAUGGCUUUUCUUCAAAUCGACCCGUCUAUCAGCCAUGGCAAACAUCAACUGAUGUGCCGUCGAUUCCAACGGACUGGCUCAUGGAUUUUCCCGAGCUUGCAUUCGAGUUGACUCGCGAAUCAGCACUGUAUAGUGCCGCAGGAAUUCCAGUAUUUCUACAUGUAUCCGUUGAGUCGCGACAAGCGUUGAUGCAAUGGGGCUAUCAUCUUUCAUUUGCCACACGCACAGCCGGACCGAGGACAUGGUUUCAUCCUAAUAGAGAUCGCCUCUAUAUUCCUCAUCAAGUCAAUUCUUUCCCUCGACAACAUUGGUCACGAUAUCUUGAUCAAGAGAUGCCAGUUCCUUACCCGUGUAUUGAGCCGGGAGUCCUACUCUCAGGAUGCCACUGGGACAUAGGGCAAUACGGUGUACAAGACUUGAGACACGUCAAGCAUCUCAUCCUUGGGAAUGGUGCAGAAAUUGAGGAUAAUGACGAGCUUGCCAAUUAUCUGCAGAACAUUCUUCCACUUCUUUCAAAUCUUGAAGAAUUGUACUUUGAGAAUUGGUCCACGAAUGAUAUAAUCUACUGGUUUGCGGACACUCAAAUCUCACCCCCUGUUAAUGCACCUAACGUCGAGAGCUCUGCCGUUUGCAUACCGGCUGGAGAUAUUGAUGUGUUAGGAAGUGUUUACUGGGCUGGCGGCGAUCCAUAUCGAGAUUGGCCGGGCUCUUUACUAUCCACCGGGUAUAACAAUGAACAGUUCAAUCGAUAUAAAGAAGCCCACUCCGAUUCUUAUCACGAUGGGAAAGCCUAUGCACUUGAGGCAAAGCUUCAUUUGUGGCGUUCAAGAGUUACUUUGGCUCAGAAUCAAAAACUGCAGAUUCCUACUAUUCGCCACAGUCAUCUGUGUCCUGAGGCGUUAGCGGAAAGUUUAAUAGUGCACCGACACCGUUUUUGGAAGCUUUUCCAAUCUCUUGACGACGACUAUAUACAGCUACCAGAUUUCAGAACUACCUUCUCCAAGUUGAAGGAACUUCCUCGCCCGUUCCAGAUACAGUGGCAUGAUAUCUUAUAUGCAGGAAGGGAAAUGGAAUGGUCAGAGUACAUUUCACUGGUUCAGCGGUGGAAUUCGGGAAGCUUUUCGCAUGAUUGGGUUUACCCGUGUGCACUUCAGGCUUGGUAUUUGAACCGUUUUGCAAUCAGCGAGCCACAUAUGACUAUCCUAUAG